AUGGCGUCUGGGUUUGACGAUGAGGAGCUUUCGAUGUCACUUGGCAAUACUCACAUCGAUCGUCGCCCUCAUCGCCCAGCACCAAAGCGGCCAAACCCGAAUGGAGAACGAGUCCUCAACAAGACACCCACAGAUCGCCGCACUGCACAGCGGAUUGGUCUGUACGACGUGAAACGUACUUUGGGAGAAGGCUCUUUUGGCAAGGUCAAGCUAGCGACGCAUCAGGUCACUAAGCAAGAAGUUGCUCUCAAAAUCAUAUCCAGGAAGAAGCUCAUUUCGAGAGAUAUGGCAGGUCGGGUAGAAAGGGAAAUACAAUAUCUACAGCUCUUGAGGCAUCCACAUAUCAUCAAGCUGUACACCGUUAUCACGACGCCCAACGAGAUUAUCAUGGUCAUGGAAUACGCAGGCGGGGAACUCUUCCAGUACCUCGUGGAUAAUGGCAAGGUGGUCGAAGAGAAAGCUCGCAAAUUCUUCCAGCAGAUAGUGUGUGCAGUUGAAUACUGCCAUCGACACAAAAUCGUACAUAGAGAUUUAAAGCCGGAGAAUUUACUACUAGAUCCAGACAUGAACGUCAAGAUUGCAGACUUUGGUUUGAGUAACAUUAUGACGGACGGCAACUUUCUCAAGACGAGCUGCGGCAGCCCGAAUUAUGCGGCUCCGGAGGUUAUUUCGGGCAAGCUCUAUGCUGGACCGGAAGUAGACGUGUGGAGUUGCGGAGUCAUUUUGUACGUUCUAUUGGUUGGACGGCUACCUUUCGACGACGACUACAUACCCAACUUGUUCAAGAAAAUCUCCUCGGGUAAUUACAGCACGCCAAAUUGGAUAUCCCACGGCGCGCGGAGCCUGUUGAACAAAAUGCUGAAAGUCAGCCCAGUCCAAAGGAUUACGGUACAAGACAUACGGCAGGACCCUUGGUUCAAUGUAGAUCUUGAAGAUUACUUGAAGCAGCCGGUUGAAGAAUUCAUUGACACGGGUGUGGACCCGAACAAAGCCAUAGACCCCCGGAAGUUGGCGCCAGGCAAGCCACUAGCAGUACAAGAGCAAAUCCACGAGUCGGUGAUUGGGAAAUUAGGCAAGACUAUGGGUUAUGCAAAGGACGAUGUGCAGGAUGCCUUGAAAAAGGACGAGCCGAACGCGAUAAAAGAUGCGUAUUUGAUUGUUAGGGAAAACCAGAUCAUGCAAACGAAUCGUAGGUCUGCCCAUGUUUCUCUUUGGGCACAGUUGAUUAUCGUCGGGAAGACGUCGCUGACAUAUAAUCCAGCCAAGCUCACCGACAAUAACAACUACAAUCCCUUUCUAGCUACGUCACCCCCUAGCGGACCAGACCACAUGGCGAACACGCCGCAAGGAAUUGCCUCAGCAUUGGCAAAUGCAGCAUAUUCCCACAUAGAUGAAUUAAGUAUUGCCGGAAAAACUCAGAACGAGAACCAUGCUCCAGCUACUGAUUCUAUACCUACAUUACGAGAAGCACCCACCUCGACUACAGUGGAUACCAUUAACCCUGGGUUGCAGUCUGACAAGCACGAGAAGCAGAGUAAGAUCGGUAUACUGACAAGUAGUUUACCUUACUACCAUAAUGCAUUCAUGAAAGCAAAAAAGGACGACGCUGAGCGCUCGAAGUUCGAAAAUCCUGGAGAGCCAUUAUCAUCACAAGAGGAAGACAUGCUCUCCCCUCUUGCUCAUGAUCUCACGCAUCGUAGCCCAGAAGACAAGACCAAUAUGUUGACAAGACUCAAACCCCACUCUCGGUCUACGGUGCAGCUCCAAAGCCUCACUAAGGAGCCGAUGCAAAAGGGCGAGGGCGUGACAGUCGAUAACAAACCAAAAAGUAGGCAUAAACCAACAAGAUGGCAAUUCGGUAUCAGAAGCAGGAACGAACCUGUUGAUGCGGUAAAAUGCUUGUAUAGAGCGUUGCUGUCGAUGAGCGACUGCGAAUGGCGCAUCAAUCCUCCGAAAGAAGAACAAGAACGUAGUCAACACGCAGGCCCAUACCCUGUCAACGUUCUAGGCGCGCAGAAUCUUGCAACAUCAUACCACAACACAUCUGAUAGCCCUGAGAUGAGCCGACGGCAGUCCCACGAAGUGCCCCAAAGACAAACCGAGCAGCAUCACAGCCGUUCCAAUAGCCGUCGAUUGAGUCGAAGCUCUUCAGAAUCCCAUGAUUCACAGGACGAUGAGAGCAACGACGAUGAAGAUAUCGACCCUAGCGUCAUUCCAGACGGUUAUGUCCCCAAAGAUCCCUGGUGUAUCAACGUUCGAUGGACGAAGAAGGGCAUGUUGCCUCCGGGCAUUCUAGGGUCUUCGGCCUCGGCUCAAAGCAGUGCAGUCGACCUUACAGAUCCUAAUGACACUCGCCGCAGCAGUAUUGUAAAUAGCAUCGCCUCGGCUGCAGGCUCAACAGCCAGCAUGGCAAUUCCUCCCGGCAGUGCCAAUGGCGGCGCUGUUAGUGGUGGUAGUCAUGGAGGCAGCAUCGUCAAUGCUGAUACUGCUUGCUUUGUCUACCUUGACUUGCAACUCUACGUCCUCGAGCAAGAUGUGUAUCUGGUAGAUUUCAAGAACGCUGGCUACGAACCCAUCGUCGGGGAGCGGAAAGUCGAGGGAAAAGAUGGAGAGAUCAAGACCGUCUAUUAUGGUAGCGGAGAGCGAAAGGCAGAGAAGGACGUCACGAGUCCGCAGCCGUUUUUGGAUCUAGCCAACCGGCUCGUGAUUCAUCUUGCUAGGGGCGGAAGUUGA